GCAUCCUUAGAGAGGCAAAGGAGCAGGUUUAUGUCUAGUCCGGAACCUGGAAACAGGCACCCCUCAGCAGCAACCUCCCGCAUACUUGGGACAUGUUUCCCGGCCAAGUCCCCCAAGUGGCUUUGCUCCGUUUGCAUUGCUCUCCCUCCACUGCUGCUCAGGGCCACCUCGUGCCUCAGAACAGACAAAAAGGAAAAGAGGUGCUUCUCCUCGGAUCUGCCCCCUCCCCAAGAGCUCCCUUGUCAAGAUAACGGGUUUCAUUGUGGCUGAAGCAGCAGCCAAGCCCCUUCUGCCAUAAGGGCCUCCUCUGCCUUCCUGGGCUGAGCUAGACUACCAAGUAUAGUAGCUUGCCUGCCCCCUUAAUUGGUGGGGGAAAAGGAGAAAUUACUAGACUAGCCUGCUUUCUCAGAAGGGUUGGGGUCUGUCUGUCUCUCUCUCCCUCCCCCUCCCUGCCUCCAAUUUGGCUCUUGAAAUUAAGAACCCCUGAACCCAGCUCUUGAUCCCAGAGCUCAUAGCCUCAGUCUAAAACCUAGGAAGAGGGGUAGGGAAGCACAGGAGAGGCGCUCGCGUUUUCCAAUCAAGACAACUUAAAAUCUACAAUGCCGCUUUUUAGGAAUGCUGCGCCAAAACAUUUUUCUUGAGGGGGGAGGAAAACCACCCUUAGUGCAGGGCCGUCCACAGCAGAGGCGCCAUCCACGGGGCCAGAGGUUGGGUGGGUUUCCUGCCGCUGACGUUGGCUCGCUGCCACCUGACAGGCGAAGUAGGGGCGAUGGGCCCUCUAUCGCGAGGGCCUCCUGGAAGGGAUCUUGCCACUCCCACUCCCCCUCGGCGCGCUCCCCGGGGACAAUUAUUAAACUCUGCUCGCCCCACUGGAAUCGAGCAGCGAACGGCGAGGGUCCCGACCAAGGCAGGGAGCGGCGGCAUUCGGGGCAGAGAAUUCGGCUAGUGCGAGGCGCUUCGGGGAAGAGCCAGGGAGAGUUCUGACGCCGCCGUCUCCCGUGCGCUCUCCGCCCUCCCCGCGCGCGUCAGUCCACCCGCCGCCGCCGCCCUGGCCGCUUAGGCCCGGUGGCGUUCCGGGAAGAUUCGCCAACCCUCCACCCCACGCCCCGCGCCGCCAUCCUGUCCGAAGUGCCGCCGCGAGCGAAGGCCGAGCAAGGAGCGGCCAAAGGCGGGCAUCCCACGCCCUGUCGCAACCUCGCCGCCGUCCCAGUAGAGCCGCAGCGGCGGGAGCGAGUGCCAGAGCGCUGCGGUCCCCGGAGCCCCUCCCGACCAAAAGAGAAAAAAGGACUUCUCUCCUUGAAACAGCCUUAAUGUGAGAGCAUCGAGCGGCGGCAGAACUGGGCUGCCGGGAAGGCGGGCAGCAGGGAGAUUUACCGCAGGCCUUCUUUCUUGCAGCGCAAUUUAGCAGGCGCCGCCAUCGCCAAUGACAAACGAAGGAAGCAGCAGCAGCAGAAGCAGCAGCAGCGAGCAGGCCAGAGCAAGCUGUCCCUGCUCUUGGCUGCUGGAUGCCGACAGAGGGCCAUCUGAGGAUAAGCUGUUGGCAGGUGACCAGAUUUUGGCCAUAAAUCAUGAAGAUGUAAGUGACGCCCCCAGAGAGAGAGUUAUAGAACUUGUCAGAGGCGCCAAGGAGGCCCUGGUCCUUACGGUGCUACAGACUCAUCAGUCCCCCAAAUCAGCCUUUAUCAGUGCGGCCAAAAAAGCAAAACUGCGGUCCAAUCCAGUGAAAGUUCGCUUUUCGGAACACGUCACCAUUGGCGAGACGGAUCCCGACAUGCUGAAGAAGGAAGCUCUUCUCCUGAUUCCAAAUGUGCUGAAGGUUUUCCUUGAGAACGGACAGAUCAAGUCUUUCACCUUUGAUGGCCGAACCACUGUCAAGGAUGUGAUGAUGACCCUGCAGGAUCGACUGUCCCUGAGGCAGAUCGAGCAUUUCUCCCUGGUCCUGGAAUACUCCAGCCCUGAACAGAGUCACAAGUUCCUCCUUCUGCAGGACAAACAGCCCCUGGCCCACGUGGUGCAGAGGACACACUACCAAGGAAUGCGAUGCCUCUUCCGAGUCAGCUUCUUUCCCAAAGACCCCGUGGAGCUGCUGCGAAGGGAUCCGGCAGCCUUUGAGUACCUGUAUAUCCAGAGCCGCAACGAUGUGAUCAGGGAGCGAUUUGGAAUGGAGCCCAAGCCAGAAAUGCUGCUUGGCCUGACAGCCCUGCAUAUUUACAUCACGGUUUCAGCCACACGGCCAAGCCAGAAAGUCUCUCUCAAAAACGUGGAGAAGGAAUGGGGCCUGGAGCCUUUCCUGCCCCCCUCGCUGUUGCAAGGCAUCAAAGACAAGAGCCUUCGGAAGGCACUGUCUCAGCAGCUGAAGGCCCAUCAGAACCAGCCCCCCUGGGGCACCAAGAUCACCACCACCCAAGCGAAGCUCCACUACCUGCGCAUCCUGAACGAGCUACCAACCUUUGCAGGCGUCCUGUUCAGCACUGUGGGACUGGAUGAGAAACAGCCAGCCACCACCCUCCUGGUGGGGCCUCGCCACGGCAUCAGCCACGUCAUUGAUCUGAAGACAAACCUCACCACCGUGCUGUCCGAGUUCAGCAAAGUCAGCAAGAUCCAGCUCUUCAGGGAGAACCAGGGGGUGGCCCGGGUGGAAACAAGCAUCCUAGACACCAAGCCUUUGGUGCUUCUAAUGGAAUGGCCAGAGGCCACCAACUUCACCUGCCUCAUCGCUGGUUACUGCCGCCUUCUGAUGGACUCCAAGCGGAUGAUCCUUUCCCGACACACCAGUCAGCCACCACCGCUUCCACUGACCAAGGCAGACAGCAGCCCGUUCUUCGGCCAUCAACCUCCGGCACCAGCAGGGCACCUGGCUAAGAAGGAGAGCAGGCUCCUGGGAGGCUCUCUCCCUAGCCCCGGAGGGGGCAGCCCCCCAGAUCCCCUGGGCUCGGAGCUCCUCAGCUUUUGCUACCUGCACCUGCGGGAGCACAAGAAGGAGCGCAAGAGCGGGACUGACGUCAAUGAAAACCUGAUCCUCUUUGAGGAAUCCCGGCCCCGGACCAAAUCGGAUCCCACCUCAGAGAGCUCCGGGCGAGACUGCCAUGGGGCUGCCCAGGACUGUGAGCCCCACGGCCCAGACCAGGAGCACUGGGCCAACAGAGCCAGGGCGUACACCCUGGACAGCCAGCAGGGCAGCCAGCCCCAGCAGCUGUACUGUGACUCUUGCAAGGCCAAAGUCAAGCGCCAGCAACCGACCCCCCACCGAAGCAGCAAUCCCGGCCCCACACAAGACAACAUGGUGGACCUGACCUCCCUCCCCCCUCCAGGGAGCGAUGAAGAGGAUGAUGAAACCACAUCCCUUCUCCCCAUUGCCGCACCGCCUCCUGGCUUCCAAGACAACAGCUCUGAUGAGGACGAUUCUAAACGCCGGGUGGCAGCUGCCGCCAUCGCCAUGGCAAAAGGGCAGGAGCCAGGACGCCAGCUCUGCGGCCUCCUGUACGAGGAAAUCCCUGUGACGCUCAUAGAUAGCAUGCAAACACGGACUGUUCGAGAUCACGCCCAGGACCUAGACGAUGCUCUGGUUUCCACACUGCAGGCCCUGGAAGCGCUGGCAGCCUCAGAAGAUGGUGUGCACCCUCAGCCGCAGCAGACGGCAGGCCUCAUCGUUCUGGCUGCCAUCACCCCAGAGUCAUCGAUGGAUUCUGGCCAAGAAACCAACUCCUCCGAGAUCCCCCACGUCCCCGAGAUUCUCGCAGCUGUGCAGCAACGUCAGAAUGCUGCCUUCUUCCUGACUCAGCAGCUCAGCAAGGAAGCCCUCUUGGCCCGGAAGGACCUUCCUUUCCGCAUCCAGGCUGGUGGCACCAAAGGGCCGCCUUGGUAUCGAGAGCCAGACCAGACCUCCAAUGCCAACUGCGCUACAAACAAGCAAGAAACACAGAAAGGCUGCGCCCAGUCCUCGCCCUCUCAGCAGUUCAAUGAGCCCAAUGCCAAAGGGGCAGUGCCGGAGCCGAAAGGUUCCUUCCUCUGUGAGGCAGCUGCAGCCCCCCACACCAUGGCCAUCCCUGCCCUGGGAAACAGCCACCCGGAGAGUGGGCGGCAGGACCAGAGAGCAGCUCCUGUCCUCGUCACAUCAAGUCUGCAGACAGUCGGCCACAAAGCCUCCCUUUCUGCAGCACCCUCACCAACUGAAGGCAGUGCUCCCCCCUGGGGUCCUGACCACAGGCUGCUGUCUAGUCCCCAGCCCUGCUCUGUGGACCGGCUCCCCCACAGCCUUCCCUGCUCUCAAAAGCAGCCAAGCGGUGAAGUCUGCCAGCAGAACCCAGGACCCCCGGGCAGCCCCGCAGAGGCGGUUCCCCCUCCCCUGCUAGCAGCAGAAGAGAAGCAGGUGCUCCAGAGCUGCCAGCCAAAGGAAAGGACAGAGGGGGCAGGGCAGCUGGGGGAAGAGGAAGAGGGUGGCAGGCCACCUGGCCAGAGGGAGACGCUCAUCAGCCAGGAGGAAAAGGGACAGCAUGAAAUGGGUGCCAACAGCCACAGUGCCCUGAGGCCUCCACCCUGCAAGAGCCCACAGACCUUCAGUAGUCCCGGAGGGGAGAUUCUGAAGGGGAAGCCCCCCCCAGGUCCUCAGACUGAAAGCCUGCCCUCCACUUCCAUGCUUUUAAAAAGGUCUGAAAAGGUGCUGGCCAUUACACCACCAGACUCGGAUCUCCCGGCUAAGCCUAAAGUACCCAAAGCAUCGUUCCGGUUCAAGAACCUCAUUUCUGCCACUUUCCCAACACGACUCAAGAGAGAGACCGAUGAGCGGCAGGCUCAGCUGCAGAAAGUGAGGCAGUACGAGCUUGAAUUCCUGGAAGAGCUGCUGAAGCCAAAGACCAGGAGAGACCCUGUGUCUCCAGACCGUCUGGACCCCUCGGCUACAGGGCGCUGCGCCUGCCAGGUCCGGACCAGCCCUGUGCAGACUGUGCCAGGGAUGUCCAGGGAACAGAGGCGGAGUUGUGACUGCAAGCGGCUCAGCCGUGGCACCAGGCCCCUGCCCGGCCAGUCCACAGCAUCAGGCCUGGAGAGGCAGAGCAGGGGCAGAGAGCCGCAGCAGGCAGAAGGGCCAAGAAAGUCCUCCACCGGAGCCCCUCUCAAGGGCAGCCGGAUCAGGUCCACGAGCCUGGAGUCGAGGGAUUGCAGGUCUGACCUUGAAAACAGCCUGUCGUGCCUGACCACGUGUGCCUCUCCUGGGGAGUGCGUAGGAGCAUCCCAUUACAAAAAGUUGAUGCGGCGCUACAGCGUCAGCGAAGUUGAAAAGAUGGAGCAAACAUCCCCAAGUUCUCCAGGCUAUCUGAGCCAUUACCUGUGCAAGCAGAGGGAGGCCACUAGCCAGGUAAUGCAGGACCCCCACCCCACAACGGCAGAACCCUCUUAUGUUCAAGUGACUGAGAAGAGCCAGAAAGGCGGUGCUAUGCUUCCUUUUCAGGAGGACAUCUAUCCGAGCCCUCACAAACUGCCAGAGGAGGAUGGAGACGGGGAGAGGUGCUGCUCCUUCCGGUACUGCUUCUACUACAGGAAGUGUGACAUGACCGAUGAUGGGAGUGAAAAGGAUGAGCUUUCUUACGCCAUUCCCAUGCCAAUCCUCCCAGAAGGGAAGAUCGGCCACCAGCCAAUCCCAGUGGUCAGCAGAACUCUCCAAGUUCUGGAUGCCAGCGUCUGUAGCACUCCAGACAACCAGACCCAGGAGAUAGACCUGCGGACCUCCUCCUUUGAGGGCAGUUUGGCCAAAAUCCACGCCCUGAAGGGCCGCACCUACACCUGGCCCAACGGGUUCCUGGCUGUGCAGCUGGACACCAGUGAACUCUUGACAAUCCUUCGGCAGUGUAUCGUGAGCCCUGAGGCCCAGGAAGGCAAGUCAUAUCUCCCUCAGUUGACCGAGUACAAGCAAGAAUUGGCCCUUAAGUUCAAGGACUUCCGGGCCUCCUGCCGCAGAGUUGCUGCGGUCAACAAGAGCCCAACCCGCAUGCUGUCGGCAGUGAGCAGCAGCUUCCAAGUCCUGGGAAGCUUGAUUGAGACCUUUGUGCGGCUGGUGAACGUGGUGCGCUCGGGGUCUCAGCGCCAGGCGCUCUUGGCCAAAGUUGAAGAGAUUGUAAGGAACUACACCUUCUUGCUGAGAGCUGCUGAGGAAUCCACCGCCCGAACCGGCCACCGAGGGGAUCAGGAAGCUGAGCAGCUGAGCCACCAAUCGGCGGCCUCCGUGGUGAACACUCUCACACGGUCCUUGAAGACACUGAUGAACAAGUAAAUCAGUGUCUGUCGCCGGAGCCCGCCGCCUGCCCAGUCUAGACCAAGUGCCUGAAUGCCUGUAGGGCUACGAGCCGCUGGGAGAACGAGGAGGGCGUGGCCGGUUGUCUCCGGCCUGCAACGCCUCAUUUGCCCCGCGAGC